AUAAUUAUCUUUCAUGGUGUCAGUGAAAUGCACCACUAUGGGCCGAGUCGUCGUCGUUCUCAGAAUAUUUGCACUCUUUGUAGGCUGUCUUGGAAUGGGGUUUGCAGGCUCCAUCUACGCUUUCAAUGCCUAUCAAUUGGCUGUAAAGCAGACCUUUGAUUUACAACAAUCGCAAGUGGACUUGGUGGCGUCCAUGGGUAACAUAGGGAUAUCAGUCGGAUUUCCGGCUGGUUACUGUGCGGAACGAUUUGGCGGACGUGUGGCCUCAUUCGUAGCUCUUAUUCUCACAGUUGGGUCCUUCACCUUAAUAUGGUCGACCACCCAAAUGGUUGCAUUCUACAUCCAUUCUUAUUGGCUACUUUAUAUUUACUUUCUUUUAGCUGGAUUUGGCGCAAUAUUCUCAUACAUGGCCGCUAUGAUUACGAACAUCAACAAUUUCUCCAAAAAGCACCGAGGAACCGUCAUAGGGAUUCUAGACGCCUCAUUUAGUGGUGGACCUGCUGCCGUUUCUGCGAUUUACGGAGCUUUCUUCAUGAACGGUCAUACACACGGCGACGAAGACGAACAAGAUUUACCGGGUUUUUUUCUUUUCUCAGCCAUAGGAUUUGGCGUGGCUAGCAUUUUGGGCGUCCUGACACUAGGGAAUUUCCCACCGGAAACGGAAAUAGGGGGAGAGGAUCACGUGCAUGGUGGAUUUAAACAUGGAGGAGGAAAGGAAGAUGAUCGUAGUGGACUUAUAGAUGGAGAAGGAAAAGGAGAUGAUAAAAGUUUGAGUUGGCAACUGAAGCGACCAGAAACUGCAGAUGAUGAAACGGAAUCGAAACCGAGCCUGGAAGCGGAAGCGAAAAGUACCGAGCCAGAAACGGUAGACAAGACGGGACUUGCACUUCUACGGGAUUGGGAUUUUCAUUAUUUAUUCUGGAAUUUCAUAUUUUGUGCCGGCCUGCAGCUCAUGGUACAGGCGAACCUUACAAGUUAUUUACAGUCGUUCCAUUUUGAAAAAUUCAGCACUAUUAUCACGACCCUGAGUUUUGCCAUUGGGACCGUCUCAAAAUUCAUCAUCGGUUUCGUCACGGAUUUACUAGUUAAUCGGGUCCCGCGUGUCUUAUUUCUUUUAAUAGCAAAUAUAAUGCAGACAGGAAUCUUAAUAAUUAGCAUAUUUUACGCAGAUCAGUUUUAUUGGCUAGUAAUUAUGACACUGGGAGUUGGCUUGGCCAAUGGCACUUUGUACUGCCUCACCCCGACAAUUCUCAGUGAACUAUUUGGGGUGAAACAUUUCGGUCUCAACUGGGGCUGUAUACUUAUGGGCAAUGGAUUUGGCGGUCUGGGAGCGCAGUAUCUAUUUGGGGCAAUUUACGACUAUUACGGCUACCGCAAGGCGGACGGAGAAACAGAGUGUUUCGGUCUUCAUUGUUUUCAGUUGAGUUUUGUAUUGGUGGCGGUGCUCAGUGGCUGUGCGUCGCUUUUUAAUGCUGCUCUGUUAGAAAGAUCGUGCAGGCGCCGCUCGCAUCGACGGCUUGCAGUUACUAAAUCCAACGGUGAGAAUUUUUUGACUGAGGGACGUGGACAGAUCCAAUGUGCACCAGAAACCUCAUGAUAACAAACACCGAACCAGGUAAAAUCUACGACCGAAAUUAGCCGGUUUGAAGGGGCUUUUUCUUUUUGAAAGCUUUGAUUUUUUGUCUGUUGGAUACUGGUCGGUUUUGAACCUUUUUUGAUUUCUUGCUGGUAGCAUCUGACUUUGGCCAAAAAAGGAACGUCUGCUCAGAAGGUUGUCAUAUUAUUAUCAGACCUCUCAGGCCCCUCGUAUACACCAUAUAUAUAUAUUCUGUUUUGCACAAGGAUCCCAAAACUUUCGAAUUUCUCGUCCUUAUUUGAAUUAGCGCAAAAGCCUUUUUCUUUAACUAGUCGUAUUACCUUACCCAAUUAGCAGUACAUCAUUAUUUGAACAUUUUCAGAAAAAAACUUGCAUUCACAAAAUUUUAUAUUUAAAAGUAAAGUUUGGUUCCUGUGUACAGCACUCCACUGCGUCACAGCGCACUUAACAAUACCGACAAUAGGUGGCACCACUGUAUUCGGUCCAUCUAACUUUGGUGUACAUGCUCUGGGUGUUGACGUAACUUCCCGGUGAGAGAGGUAGAGCCUAACUGCUGUACGAGGCGCCAAAAGCUAGCAUACGAACAAUAUAUUCCACUACAUUUCUUUAUUGUCAUGAUGUAAGCUGUAAUAAGUUAAAUUAUCAAGCGCCAUACAGUGUAGGAAUAUCCUUUCAAAAUUUUGUUUGUUCCUGUACAGAUGAAAAUAAAAAUAUGGAUAGACGUAUAAUUACACUGCAAU